GAAAAAAUAUUAAAUGUUCGAAGUCACAGCAUGUGCGAUGCCUGAAGACCUUCCUCUAUUGACAGAAAAUAAAACAAAUAAAUAAAUUUCCCAGUAAAAAAGUUCUACUGAACUAAAUAUUCUUACACAACAAAGAUACUCGCGUUUUCAGCAAAUAAAAAGAGCUAUCUUUUUAUUCUUAAGGAAGGUCAGACAUUAUCAGCGCUGAAUCAACAAACUAUGACCUCUAGCAUCAAUCAAAAGAAUCUCUCGUGUGUAAAAUUUAAUUUUUUCUACUCUAGAUCUUCUGAUUCUUCUGAUGGAAUUCAAUUGAUCAAUUAAUUAUUCUUGUACUGCCGACAGAGUGCAAAAAAAAUCUAAUCGGAUCCAAUUGUGGAAAAAACCAAUCAUCAAUAUUGCUUCCCAAGAAAAUCAAUUGGGCAUACUGAUAUGCAAAAUCUUUGCUAAGAAUACUUAUCAUGGUAAUUGUUAGAAGACAAAAAUCUAUGUCAUUUACAAUGUGUUAAGUCAAAUAUGUGUUUUACGUGGUUUUCUAAUACUGAUUCUCACAUUUGAAAAUGUGGUUUCAGGAGAUAAAAAGUCUUUAUCGCUUUGCUUAAUAAUCACUUCUAGAAAAAAAACCGCAAAUUUUCGGAGUAGGGAGAAUAUUAGACUCCAAUACAAAUACAUUUGAGAAGCAUUAUUUAGUUGCUAUCUCAAAUCCAUUAGGUAUUGUUCUUUGAAUUUGGCAUUUUGCAAGAAAAAAUGGUUAAUUUUAGUGAAUUGGCAGAAUUUCCUGAUUUUUCCACUGAGGAAAAUCUCCAAGAGUGUUUCAAUUACGUGAAGGAUUUAGUGAAAAAAGGAGGUGAUCUAAUUGUUGAGGGUUUUACCAAGACCAAAGAUGUUAAAGUAAAGACUGUAGCAGUGGAUCUUGUUACGGAAUACGACAAAAAAGUUGAAGAUAUCAUCAUUGACGGCAUCAAGGAAAAAUAUCCAAAUCACAAAUUUAUCGCUGAAGAAUCAGCUGCAAAGAAUCCCUUGACCAGUGAUCCUACAUGGAUCAUUGACCCAAUUGACGGAACAACGAAUUUUAUCCACUGCAAUCCCCUCAUUUCCAUCUCUGUGGCUCUUGCAGUGGACAAGAAACUUCUUCUAGCCAUCUGUUUCAAUCCCAUCCAUAACGAAUUCUACACGGCCAUCCGAGGCCGAGGAGCCUUCCUAAAUGGCCAACAAAUCCACUGCAGUCGAAUUACUGAACUCAAGAAUGCCGUAAUUUCAGUGGAAGUGUCUCUAGGAUGGGCUCAAAGUCUCCGUGACGACGUCAUUGGCCGUACUUAUAUUCUAAGUAGCCGUGCCAUUGGGAUUCGUUCUCUAGGAUCAAUCGUCGUAGCCCUUUGCUACGUCGCACGGGGAUCUAUUGAUGCCUACCAAAUGGAAUACCUAAUGCCUUGGGAUAUAGCAGCUGGAGCUCUGCUAAUCCAGGAAGCCGGUGGAGUGGUUAAAAACCACAAAGGAGGCCCCUAUGACAUUAUGGAGGCUCAAGUUUUAGUUGCCGGAACUCUACAACUCUACGACGAGAUGCUAGCCGUCAAUAGGGAAUGUGAGGGAAAAGUUAUUACCUUUUCCAAAUGAUUUUCAUCUCGAAAAAUAUUGUCAAUUAUAUUAACCUCGAAAUCAAAAUCAUUAUUUUUCUUUUUGCUUAUAUGAUUUUUGUCGUUAUUACCCCAAUAUCUUUUUUUUUAUAAAAUAAUAAAACAUCAUCAUCACACUCACACAUUGUUGCAUGCAAUUUACAAAAUAGUUGAAAAGUGAAAAUGUCUCAAAUAUAAUGCCUUGAACUAAUUAGGAUUUAUUUUGUCAAUUUAAAUGUUACACAUAAUAAGUACAGAAAACGUAUUACGGUAAAAACAUGUUUUUCAAAUAAAGAAUAAAACAAAUGUAAGUUUUACAAUGUUACAGUCAUACUGAAAAGUUGCAAAUAAAAAAAAUCAGACUUAACAAAAAA